UGCGGCAUAAAUCUCGGCCUCUGCUGCCACCUGGCGGCGAUCAGACGUAAUAACGGAUAAUAGGACACACCUGUUGACGUACCAUGGCUACGGCUGAGCCGCACGGGUCUCCGAUGAAGCCUUGUCUUUGACACCAGGCUGACAGGGAGUCCAUCAUGGUGCACGGAGACGUGUUGAAGACAGCAGUCACAGGUGGAGGCUGGAUGUCUACGAGGAGCAGACAGACAAGUCUACUGUCACACUCAGAUCACUCCACAUUGAUUGACACAUCAGACCAGCUGCGCAUGCAGAGCCAAAGACAAACCUGAGCUGAGAUCAGCAAUCCUGCAAAAAAUCUUCUUCUUUUCAUGUCCUCUGCAAAUGAAAUGUCGCAGACAAGCCCGAGCGGGUCGUCAUUAGGUGGGGCAGAAGGUUACCCCGUGUCCACCCUGACCGUGGUCGUCCUUCUGCUCAUACCCUGCGUGGUCAUCCUGCUCCUGCUCAACUGCCUCUUCCUGGGCUACAAGUUACUGAUCUUGUCAAAGAGGCGAGAGCGGGUGGACGCUGAGGAGAUGCUCCUGCACUCCACCAUUCCAAGAGUCAGGAGAACUUCAGACAUGGCCUUCCCCUCGCCGCUGCAGGACGGCAGGAGAGUGUACGUGUCAGUGUCCGAGCCUGUGCUGCCGCAUCCCGUCACAUCGUCACGAGCCUCGUCCAGGGACAGGCCCGGACUGGAUCACAGGAUCCGGCUCCUCAGGCCAGAUGGAGCCACCGGUUCAGGGUCCCUGAGGGCGCCGAGUACCAUCCGGGCCACUUCACCUGCAGCUGGGUUCAGCCCUAGGCUGGAUCCGUCCUCUAGGUCACGGACCUGUAGCCUAGGUAGGGCCGCCUGGUGCAGGAGCGCUCCAAUUCUACCGCAGUACAGCGACUCAGAGGCCGAAACCAGAGUCAACCUCGUUCCGCCAAACUCUCCCACAGAGAUGGAACACGUGGGUUACAUUUGUCAGAGGAGUAAUUACGACGCGCUGACAGACGCGAACCAAUCUGCCGCCGUGCGCGGGUUCGACAAAGCAGACGUGGAGUGUGAAUACAUCGACGCGCCUUCAGAGACGUCCUGUCUGAACACUUCUGCAGCAGGACCUGGACUUGACAGCGACUUUGGUGCGAGUGCAGGUGUCUCCCUGAGGAUCCUGUCGGCAGACAGCGACGGUCUGUCCAACGGUGUCCUGGCCUCAGCUCUGGAGUGGGAUUACUACGACCCCUGCUACGUCAAACAGAAUCAUGUGCCCAAACACAAACACCACAGACCUGUGAUGCACACGAAACAGUACUGGGUCUGAGUGGAGGGACUUAUUUUAAUGUUUAUUCAUAUUUAUUUUUAAAAUCCUAAUUUAAAUUUACUUACUUGCACAAAGAUGUUUCGAUAUUUAUGUCCCACGACACUGAUUAUUUUCACAAUAUUUUUAUGUAUUUCAUAUUUUUUGUAUUGUUCCACUUUGAGAGAUGUUUAUAGACACAUUAAGUUAACUUGAACCUUCACUAAUUUGAUGCACUGUUCACUCACAACCUUUGACUUUAUGGAAAUUUUCACAAUGCUGUUUAGGAUGUUCUUGAUUUAUGGGGGGGAAAAAAUCACAUUGAUUUCUAGUCACGCCUGUUUUUUGAUUCACACUAAUAAAAUAAUUUAAAACCAAACAUAUGGAUU